AUGAGAGAACGCAUUCCACAAAGCCUCAGUGGACACGUACUGUAUGUAGAAUUGCUGGGAGACCCAGGAAUGCUUCACAGGGCAAAGUACAGUCGUUUUAGGAAUGAGUCCCUCUCAUCAUUUGAGGAAGAUGCACAGAGUGGACCUCUGCAUCUUAAAGGUUCUCCAUCUUCUCAUGUCUCAACGCCGAACAUACCAGUCGACAAUGUUGCCAUAGGGACGCCGGACAGCCCUGUUGCUCUGUGUGCCUUGAUACCUCGCAUGGCUAACGUCAAGCUUUCCAACCCUUCCACCCUACCGAGCUUAAAGAACUUCUGUCUGCGGACUAAGGAGGUGCCGAGAAUUAAACUUACAGAAUGUGCAACUGUUCCGAGCAGCCCAACCUCAUCAGAGGUCAACCUGCCUGCCUGCCUGUCCUCUUCUUAUCCCCGGGGAGAACUGGAUAAACCACUGAAGGCCAGCUCAAACAUCCCAGAGGAAAACCUUUUGCUGGGCACUGAGGACUCGGCUGUGCUGACCAAACCGGACAAAGACCUCGGCUGCAAGGGGGUCGGACCUGGUUUGGAGACUGGGAUCUCGUACAGCAUCCGAUAUAUGGGCUGUAUUGAAGUGUUGCAGUCAAUGAGGUCUCUGGAUUUUGGCACCAGAACCCAGGUUACAAGGGAAGCAAUAAGUCGGCUGUGUGAAGCUGCACCAGUGACCCUUGGGGCCAUGAAAAAGCGGAAGCCUCCGGCUAAAUUUCUGUCUCCAGUGCUUGGGAAAAGUAACCUUCAGUUUUCUGGCAUUCAUAUCAAACUGACCAUCUCAACAAGCAGCCUGACUCUAAUGAACGUCGAAAACCAUCAGAUCAUUGCCAACCAUCACAUGCAGUCCAUUUCUUUUGCCUCUGGGGGAGAUCCCGAUACAACCGACUACGUUGCCUACGUGGCAAAAGAUCCUGUUAAUCAAAGAGCAUGCCACAUAUUGGAAUGUCCCACCGGGGUAGCCCAAGAAGUCAUUAAUACCAUAGGGCAAGCUUUUGAGCUUCGGUUCAAACAAUACUUGAAGAAUCCUUCUACCCUGAUCGCUUCCAAUGAAAGUGAGGUUGUGAAUCUAGCCGGAUCGACCUGGAACAUUCAGGACAAAGAUGAUCACGAAUAUUAUAAUGAAAUCCCAGGGAAAGAGCCUCCUGCAGGGGGGAUAUUGGAUGUCAGGCUGAAAAACACCGGGAGUCCUAAAUCCACAAACAUUUACGAAAACUGCCUAGAGGAAUGCAAGCCUGGAAACAUCUCUCUGUUGCUAUUAACUGCAGAUAAUAGUAAUGAACAACUGCAGGCAGCCAAGAAAGAUGCUGCAUUAUUGCCAAAAAAUGCAAGCAAAGUAGACCUUUUUGAUGAUCCUCGAUACAUCAAUACGCAGAAUUUGCAAGCCACGCCUUGUACUACCAGAAACUUCACAUCGGUACAGACCUGCGGCAGCCCACUGCAUUGUCCAAGUAUGUCCACAUCCUUAUUUGAUAUCCCGGGAGGUGUGGCAGGCAUCAAGCAACAACUGUGGAAUGAAGAGUGCUACCAUGGGAAGUUAAGCAGAAAAGCUGCAGAGAGCCUCUUAGUGAACGACGGGGAUUUUUUGGUGCGAGAAAGUGCAACGUCACCGGGCCAGUAUGUGCUGAGCGGGUUGCAAAGAGGCCAAGCCAAACACUUGUUGUUGGUGGAUCCUGAAGGGAAGGUGCGAACCAAAGACCAUGUCUUUGACAGCGUGGGUCAUCUGAUUCGCUACCACAUGGAGAACAAACUGCCAAUCAUCUCCUCUGGAAGUGAAUUAAAUUUGAAUCACCCCGUGAGAAAAGCAACUGGGUGCUUGGAAUAAAGCGAAUGAUUCUCUUGGCUCACAUCAUCUUUGAGACAAUUUUUUGUCCCCCCGCCUCCUUCCUCUUGACAAAAAAAGCUUCAAACUCAACUGCUGCAAGCAAACUUCACAAUGAGUAGGCAGCACUUCUAGCUGCUGUUACAGGAGGACUAUUUUUGUGUGUGUGUACAUAAGCCAAUGUAUGUAUCUACUUACAUUUCUGUAGUUCCAUCUGCACAGCUGUAUAGUUCCACUUUAGCAAAACAAAUCCAUGACGAUUAAGAGAUUGUUUGGGGGAA